UGCGAUAUCUGGGCUAGAGACGGCGACCAGCCGCCGACUGACUCAGACUCCUAACCGGAGGAGAGAACACUCAAGCCGCCGGCCGGCCGACCGAGCCAGGCGCUCUGGCGGAACCGUAGAGGAGCACUACGGUACCAGAAGAAAGGAUUCGGGAAUUAAAUUGUGAUAGGAAAGCGAAACGGUGGUUUAAAGAUAACUUCUUGAAGUUAAGCUAUCCUUACUAUAACAUUACUUUAGACACGGCAUCGCACUCAGCAAUUUCCCGACCCGAAACCUUCCUCUGACUGCUACCCUGCAACAAUGUAUCGAUCCACGAAAGGAGCGUCGAAGGCUCGAAGGGACCAAAUCAAUGCGGAAAUUCGGAAUCUGAAGGACCUGCUGCCCAUUUCUGAUGCGGACAAGGCACGACUCUCCUAUCUGCACAUUAUGUCGCUGGCCUGCAUGUACACGCGGAAAUCUGUCUUCUUCUCUCAAGAAGCCGCUGAAAGCGAUAGUCACGAGGACAGCGCCAGAUUUUUGUCUUUCAAGGAGCUCUCAGAGCUGGUGCACGCCAUGCCCGGCUUUUUACUCCUGUUGACCGGCGAGGGAAAAAUGCUUUACCUGUCCGACAGCGUGGCAGAACAUCUAGGACACUCCAUGGUGGACCUGGUUGCCCAGGGUGACAGUGUGUAUGACAUCAUCGACCCCUCUGACCACUUUGUGAUGAGGAGCAACCUCACACCUACGACUUCACCUGACACAGACCGCUUGUUCCGCUGUCGCUUCAACACCUCAAAGUCUGCCCGGAGACAGAGCGCUGGCAACAAGCUGGUGCUGAUCCGGGCACGAUGCUUGACCCCUCCCUGCCCCACCUCUUCACCUGCCUCUUAUUGGACCUCCAACCCAGUGUGGGUGUGCUUCUGCUCUCCUCUGGAGCCUCAUCUGCCCCGUCCUGUCCUCACCAGGGAGACUGUACUGACCCUGCCUGCCGACCAUGCCUUCUUCCUGGCCAACUUCUACUCCCAGCACAGUCGGGACAUGAGACUCCAGGAGGCACAGGACAGUGUGACUGUAUACCUGGGCUUUGAUGUGGCUGUCCUGCGCUCCCGUUCCUGGUACAGCCUGCUGCACCCACAGGACCUCUCCCAUGCAUCUUCGCAACACUGCAGCCUGCUGCGGGAGGGGGGCGAAGGCCGGGUGGAAAUGGUGGUGCGGGUGGAGGCAAUGGACAAGUCCUGGGUGUGGCUGUACAUGGUCCUGCAGCUGGAGUCUGGAGAACACCCCAUCAGCUGCCACAACUAUGUUAUCAGUGAAUCAGAAGCUUGGUCACUGCGGCAGCAGAUCAGCUCUGAGCAGCCACAGCUCACCCUGGUGCUGAGUGCUAGCACCUCCUACCAAGAUAGCGCCAGCCUGCAGUCCCCUGACACACUCUCCAGCCCAGACCAGGUCUUCACACCCAGCAGUAGUGGCCUGUCUGUCCAGUCCUUUGACUUCAGCACCAGUGUAUGUGGCACUGGCUCCUCGGAGGAGCAAGGGGGCACUGCCUUGGAGCUUGUGCGACCCAAGGGUGAUCCACGGUCCAGCCUGUCUUCAUUGGAGGAGGAGAGUUUCUUCCAACAGCAGUCUGGAGGCCCACCAGCCAGUCCUGCCUCCUCUUCCUCUCCAACUCCAGUGACUGUCGCCACCGUGUCUGACUUAGAUUUCCUCACCCAGAACAUCUUCCUCCCCCCGUCGUUCCCCCUUGACCCCCCCCUUCCCACCUUGCCUCUGCCACUGCCCCCUGUCCCAACUUCCCAAUCCCAGCAAGGGAAGGAGAUUGUCUGCACACCCCCAUACACCCCCCAGCUGGGAGGGGGCAGCUUCCUGUUUGGGGAGCCAAUUUUCAGCUUAGAUCCUAUGGCUGCCACCAGUCCAUCACCAUCUGCCAGCACCACCACCACUGCCGCCUCCACUGAAAACACUGCACCUACAAGUUCUCCUCCAGCCCCUGUGUCAACUACAGUUAGCCCCACUGGCCCCCUCACUCAUUCUCCCCUCCUCCCUCUCACCCUGCUCCCUGCCUCCUCCUCUGAGCUGCUCUUCCCCAGUGAGUCAUGCAGCGGAGGCCUCUAUGAGAAACUGCCCCCUACCCCCGACAGCCCUGGGGAUGGUGACUGCACUGUCAUGACCCUGCCCGAAGUCCGGGGGCCGCUGUACGUAGACGUUCCCCUCGGGCCCCUCCCUUACCCUCCCGAGGGCCUCCUGACCCCAGAGGCCUCCCCAGGGAAACAGAAUGGCACGUCCUUCUUCUCCUUAGAGAGGGAGCGUGAGAAGGAGAGAGCAGAGAUAUCUCUCUUAGCCCAGCACAUCAGCUCUCUGGCAGAAGAGUUCUACCCAGAUCCUCUUUUCCCAAAGCUGGCCCCCUCCACCCUUUCCUCCUGCCCCUCCUCCCCCUCACUCUCCCCCUCUCUCCCAUUGUCUGCUCCAGCUAUGGACUCCACCCCUCCCCUUGAGGAAUUCUACCCUGUCAAGCUCUGGAGAGGUCUGGAUCUCCCCCUCUUUUCGGAUGAUGUCUCUCUGUUUGAAGAGAGCAUCUUAGAAUCCCUCCUUCAGGACCUCUCCACCUCUUCCUCCUCAUCCCCCUCUCCCUGCCCCUCCUCCCCCUCCCCCCUGUGCCCCCCGCCCUCUCCCCCCACCCCUGUGUGCUGGGACAUGCCCUCCCCCGUGGGCCUCAGCCACGUCUGUAGCGUCCAAUCGGCGCACUGUAACCGCAAGGCCGGGGGCGGGGCCGAUGUUGGUGCGGCGGGAGAGGGGGGUUUGCCAGGUGGGGGAGGGGCAGACAUGAAGCCGGUACCUUCGCCGCUCUCCUCCGCAUGCUCCAUCCCACCGUCCCCUCCCCUGCUGCUGACUGCCUCUCCUGCAGCCUCCAGCCCCGCCACGCCCGCCACGCCCGCCGUUCCCGGCCUGCCUUGCGCCCAGUCCCUCCUGGAGGAGCUGGCCGCCCUCGAACCCGUGUUUGGGGCAGGUGCCUCGAUCGCCCCUGGCCUGGGGCAACAACCUGAGUUGUAUCAACUCCAAUGUCACCCGCCGCCACAGCACUUCCACGAAGGUGAGGGCACGCCUUUGUCCCUCUCCCUGUCUGCAUAUACACAUCACUGUUUUGACUAAGACAUGUCCUUGUGACAGCACUACCACUACAACAUGUCUCAAAUGUUACUAAUCAUCAUUGCUCAUAAUUCCCCCAAUGUCCAAUGUACAAUACUUAACUGCAUGCAGUUGUACAGUUAUGAACAUGCACAGUACUCACAAGUGAAACUUU